AUGUCGGACACUCCAACCCAAUCCAUGCGAAAACGAGCGAGAAAAGCAUGCGAGCCAUGCAGAGAGCGCAAGAGAAAAUGCAACGGCCGUCGACCAUGCAGUUCAUGCGUCCGGUUUGAAUAUGAGUGCUCGUUUGAGUCUCGCGAGAGACGAAUCCACUCGCCUGUUAACACUCCAAGCCAUCAAAGCCACCAAACAGCUACCACGCCAAAGUUAACGCCGAACGAUCACUCUUUUGUUCAGUCUUUAGAGGCGAAUUCUGGACCGGCGUUUGUUAGACGAUUGGCUCUUUCUAUUGAUCCGGCCAAUGCGCCUCGACCGCACGUCUUUGCGUGGAACGUUGGACCUCGUGGGCCGUCCUCGGUCGAGAUGUCUAGUGCAUCGCGCAUUGCGGAUCUUAUAUCUGAGUCCAACUUGAAUCUUCUUGCGUCCGUUUAUUUUGAAAAGAUUGAUCCAUGCUAUGGAUUCAUCAAUCGCGAGUCCUUUUUCCGCCACGUGAGGACAAGAUGGACUUCUCCCGAUUCUACAGACGGCUACGAUGCUGUUUUAUGUGGUGUCGCUGCCCUCGGAUCCUUCUUCAGUCGUCAGUCCACCCCUUCAGUAGAGGGAAGUCUGAUCAAACUGUCUCGAUCCAUCCUCGACAACCACAUCACAUCAGGAGUGCCAUCUAUAGACAUGAUCACUGGAUGGGUAUGCCAAGUUGUAUAUCUCCGAAUGACAGCUGCUCCACUGGCUGCCUGGAUGGCCAGCUGCACGACAAUGCAUUUGAUCGAAGCCGCAGGACUGCAUUUUGAAUCUCCGACCAGGUCAAAUACUGUCCUCACUCCCAUCACGGCAGAUCCAAAUAUCAGACAGAGACUGGUUGGUGUUGCACAACAUCUGCACACUUGGAUAUCUUUCGAUCUGGGCCUUGCCCGCGUAUCCCUUCAACAACAACCACAGACCACCACACUCCAGUCUACAACACCAGGGGACUAUACGGAGAAACUGCUAUCUCUCCUUCCAGUAUCCGCCAGUCUUGAUCCAAGUGAGCCACAAGACGAAGACAAUCUGCACUCCACUCUAUCACAACUCGUCUCCAGUCAAGAUCACCAACCUCCCCUCGUGAUGGCUCAAUGUAAUCUCCUCCUCUGCAUUCUCCGCCGAAUACACACUCAAAGCAGCCAUCUCAUCGGUAAAAUCAACGAAGACCCAGGCAUGGACGCUGUACUUGCAUUCAUGCGCAAAGCCCUCUGGGCAGCACGAACACUCGCCGACUCCAUCAGUCCGUGGCAUCAAGUCGCCAACAUUCCGUUUCAGAUUGUCUGCACGCUACUGGUUAUCGAUAGUCGGGCAUCGUUACGACUGUUAAGAGAGGCGAUGCAGACGCUGCGCCAUGUCACUUUUAUAUUUCAAACGAGUAAUCUCAAAGAGGCAUGUAGUAACGCCCGGUUACUACUAUGGUUGCAUCAGAAGAGACGCACUGAAGACGUGAAUAUGGUUACUGAUGUUCUUGCAUCGGAUGCCUCAGCAGACGCAGCUGCUGAGUCUGACGGUGAAUUGGGGGUUUCGAGUGAGGUUGAACUUGCUUGGAUUGAUAGUCUGACGGCUGGCAUGCCGAGUUUACAGGAUAUUGAUGCUGAUUUGAUUCUGAACGGUGAUUAUAUGAUUUAA